AUGUCGAGUGCUGAGGGAACAUCUACAACCACCGGCCGAAGCGACGGCGGCUCUAGAGGACGUGGCCGUGGUGGAGGAGGUGGAGGCGGCGGUGGAGGAAGAGGAAACCAGGGCCAGAAUCGAGGCGCCAAACGAGGAGGAAGAGGCGGCGGCGGCAAUCGAGGACAGGGACGAGGUCAAAAGGGCCAAGAUUCUGCUUCAGCUGCUACACCUGACGCUGCUGGCCAAGCUGGACUUGCAGCGCCGGCAACUGGGAUCAAGGAGAACAAGGCUGCCUUGGCGACUGCUCCAGAGCCCGACGACGAUGACGAUGCCGAAGUCUGCUUCAUCUGCGCCAACCCCGUUGCCCACCACUCCAUUGCGCCGUGCAACCACAAGACAUGUCAUAUCUGCGGUCUGCGCAUGAGGGCGCUGUACAAGACCAAGGACUGUGCCCACUGUCGUACGUCAGCUGCGUUUGUCAUCUUCACCGACGAUGCCGAAAAGAGAUUCGAAGACUACACAGACAAGGACUUCACCACCACCGACAGUAGCAUCGGCAUCAAGUACACAAACGAGGAUAUUGUCGGUGACACCGUCCUCCUGCUGAGAUACAACUGUCCAGACGAGUCGUGCGACUUUGCCGGCCUGGGCUGGGCCGAUCUGCAUCGCCAUGUCAAGUCGGCGCAUCGCAAGCGCAUGUGCGACCUCUGCACCCGCAACAAGAAAGUAUUCACCCACGAGCACGAGCUAUUCACCGACAAGGAGCUGGAGAAGCACAUGCGCCACGGUGACGACAAGCCGGGUGCUGCCGAUCAGACGGGCUUCAAGGGUCACCCCCUGUGCGGGUUCUGCGGCGAACGGUUCUAUGACGACGAUAAGCUAGACUCGAGACAACCCCACUAUUUCCUCAACUACGAAGAGCUGGAGAAACACUUUAAGAAGGAUCACUUUCUGUGCUCUGACCGGGGAUGCUUGGAAAAGAAGUUUGUCGUCUUCGAGUCUGAACUGGAUAUGCAAGCGCACAACCUCGCCGAGCAUGCCGGCAAACAUGUGGGCCGAGAUGCACGACUUGUCGACAUCUCUGCCUUUGAUAUCCGCCAAUCUUAUCAACAGGAAAGACGUGGAGGAGGAGGAGGUGGUGGUGGUGGUGGCCAGCGAGAUGGAGAAGGACGAUCGCGAGCGAGAGGAAGAGGCAACAGGGGAAGGGAUCCCAACGAAGACAGCAUAUUGCCCACCGUGUCGUCUACCGUUCCUCUACGGAGAGACGAACUCGCGUUCCAGCGGCAGAUGGCCAUCGUCUCGGCACCCUCAGGCUCCAACCGGACGUUCCGUGGCCAGCUAUCGGCCCCUACUCCUGCUCCUGCUCCCUCUACCGCCCCCGCACCAUCAAGGCCCCGGAGCGUUGGUCCAGGCGCCGGCCCCGCUGCUCCCACGAAUGCCAUUGAGAAUCUCAGCCUUACCGACACUGCCAACCUCUCGGCUGAUGAGCGAGCUCGUCUCGUUCGCCACGGCAGCGUCAUUGAGCGAGCCGCCAACCUAUUGGGCAACGACUCACAUAAGAUGGCGGCAUUCCGUAGUCACAUCUCGACGUAUCGCCAGGGAGGCUUCACAGCACCCCAGCUCGUCGAGGCUUUCUUCACACUCUUUGCCGAUGUUUCCUCCACUGCCCUUGGAACCCUGGUACGAGAGUUGGCAGAUCUAUUCGAUGACAAGAACAAGGCCGACAACCUUAGAAAAGCCUGGCAAGAUUGGCGUGCCAUCAACGAAGACUAUCCUAGCCUGCCCGGCCUCGGAGGCAUGCAAGGAGCAACGUCGAGCUCCAGCGGAUGGGCAAGUGCCGCGGCCACAAACACAAACUUCACCGUCGUCGGUGCAAACCAACGAAACUCAACGAGGGUCUUGAAGCUCAAGAAUAGCACUCGGUUAGGCGGCCCGGCACCCAACCCGCCGCCGUCUUCAUCAGCGUUCCCCUCUCUACCGCCGCCAUCUUCAUCAUCAUCAUCAUCAUCAGCCGCCGCACGUUCGACGCAGUCUCGGGGACGGGGACCUCCGCCACCCAACACCCGCGCCGAAGACGCUUUCCCUGCGCUCCCUGCGGCACCCAAGCCACAGACGACCAUCUUUGGAUACGGCAAGGGCCGCGGCGUGAGGCGGGAUUUCGGCCAACAGGAGUCGAACUUCCAAUGGGGAGCUGCGCCGGCAUCGUCGUCUGCGGCAGCUGAUGUCGAAGAGCCUGAGGAUGCUGAGACGACGGGAGGCAAGGGAAAGAAGGGAGGAAAGAAGGGCAAGAAGCAAAUUUUGGUGCAGUGGGGAUAA